CGCACGAAAUGUCGCCGCCCGCCGGCCCGAAACUUCACGUUCCCGGGGUCCCGGCAGCCGCGAGGAGCGUGGAGGGUACACCUGGGCCGGCCGGCGGCCCCGACGGCAGCGGAGCUCGUUUGUUACCGAGCCGUGCAUGCAGCGAAGCGGCUGCCGUGAGACGCCCCGCUGCAGCCCGUGUAUCCUGACCACAAGGGUCUCGCCUGGCUCAGGUGGUGGCGGCUUUGAGGGCAGGAACAACUGCGGGGAAUGUGGGAGGCACCUCUGAGGCUUCGGGCCGGCGGUUCUACCCUCGCUGCCAUCAAGCGGCCCUGCUAUGGGGGCAGAGCAGCGCCGGGCUCCGGCGGCAGCACUGCACCCCAGGGUGGCCGCAGAGCCGCGCCCCGAGGUACCAGCGUGCGGCUGCCUGCGCCCUGCGACCAGGGGAGAACCCAUGUGGAUGCGAGUUAUCGUGUUUCGCACACCGAUCGGCGGCUUUAAACCUUGAUAAAUAGAUUUUCAACUGUGCAAUGGAAAGCCUUAUACGAAAAAAUCUAUUCCUAAAUGAGAGUAACCUUCUACCCGACAGCUACGGGCCUCAAGGCAGCUGCCUCACUUCUGGCUUUGCCUGCGUUUCCUACGGCUGCCGGUCUGCUGGCGGCUUGUGUCGCGCUGCGGUUCCAGGUGAAAGUUACUCCUCUCCACGACCGCUUUUCCCAGCGCGCCGGCAAAAUUCCAGUUCCUUGCUCUGUCCCUAAGGGCACUCAGGAGCGGGACCACCGAGAAAGCCCGCUCUGCCAGGUGUGUCCCUGGCGCUUUCACAGGCACCGCUCAGCGGUGACACGUAAGGCUGCAAUAAAAUGUCUCGUGUUUAUAAUAAACGAGCCCAAAGCUCGCACUUGUUAACGCCACACGGGGAAGCUCCCUGGCGUUUCAUUCCCGCAGGUGCCCGUCAGCCCGGGAAGGGGCGGGGCGGCGCGCCGGAAGACGGAAGUGCGCGGUGGCGCUCGGAGCGGCCCGGCCGAGCUGCGUAAAACCAUAAACAUGAAGAAAUUAAAGCUUAAAGAACUGGAAAGCUGUCUUCAACAAGUUGAUACUUUUGAAAAUCCAAAACUACUCCUUGAACAAUAUCCAACAAGACCUCAUAUUGCAGCAUGUAUGCUUUAUACAAUUCACAAUACUUUUGAUGAUAUUGAAAACAAAACAAUUGCAGAUUUAGGAUGUGGUUGUGGCAUGCUCAGCAUUGGAAGUGCAAUGUUAGGAGCAGGAUUCUGUGUGGGCCUUGACAUAGAUGCAGAUGCACUGGAAAUAUUUAAUAGCAAUAUUGAAGACUUUGAGCUCACGAAUGUCAACAUGGUUCAGUGUGACAUCUGUUCUUUAUCUGACAGCAUGUCAGAUACUUUUGACACAGUUAUUAUGAACCCUCCAUUUGGUACCAAGCAUAACAAAGGAAUUGAUAUGAUUUUUCUGAAAACUGCUCUACAAAUGGCAAAAACAGCUGUAUAUUCCCUUCACAAAACUUCAACACGACAGCACAUUCAAAAGAAAGCAGCAGAAUGGGAAGUGAAGAUGGAAGUCUUAGCAGAACUUAGGUUUGACUUACCAGCAUCAUACAAGUUCCAUAAGAAGAAAUCAGUUGACAUUGAAGUGGAUUUCAUUAGAUUUUCUGCCAAAAAGUCCUGAACUGAGGCAUGUAUUUAAAAUCUAUUGAAAAUGGAACAAUAAAACCACUAAUUUUUUUAA